GAGGAGGAGGGCGCUGCCGAGCUGCUCCUAAUCAAAGUCGCAUCAGGGCCGCUCAUUCUCCACUGGAGGGCGAGUGGUACAAGAGCAGCGGGACAGUGAGCGGCAGCUUCAGCUUCAGCAGCAGCAGCAGGAGCAGGAGGAGCAGGGACAGAGGACAGACAGGCGGAGGGAGACGGGACAGACGGAGCAGCAGCAGCAUCUGGAGGAGGUGAAGGACAUAGACAGACAGACCUACAAAGAAAGCCAAGACAUGUGCUUCUCCCGCUGAACAUUAUUGAUGCUGAACUGAGUGGUGCACUGCUGCUGUCCUCCGGUAUUUCCCCUCCCCUCAGUGACCUGUUCCUCUCUCUGUCACCUGGUUUGUGAGCAGCCAUGACAAAGUCCUAUGAAUUCAACUGGCAGAGGCACCUGCCUGAGUUCAUGCAGGAUGGAGUGUCAUUCGACAGGUUUGAUGAGGACCCGUACAUGUUUGAGCCCAGCUGUCAUAUGAGGGUGGAUGAGUAUGGCUUUUUCAUCACCUGGAAGAGUGAGGGAAGGGAAGGCCAGGUGCUCGAGUGUUCACUCAUCAACAGUAUUCGUGUUGGCGCCGUCCCUAAGGACCCAAAGAUCCUGUCAUCCUUUGAGGCCAUUGGAAAAACAGAGUCAGACUUGGAAGGCUGUAUCAUCUGCAUCUGCAGCGGCACAGACCUGGUCAACCUGAACUUUAUGUUCAUGGUGGCAGAGAACCCCGACACAGCCAGGAAGUGGAUUGAGGGUUUGAGAUCAGUAAUUCACAACAGUAAGGCCAACAAUGUCUGUCCAAUGACCUGCCUGAAGAAACAUUGGAUGAGAAUGUGCUUUGUGACCAACGUGAAUGGGAAAAUCCCUGUAAGAGGUAUUACUCGGACGUUUGCAUCGGGGAAGACAGAGAAAGGGAUUUUUCAGGCUUUGAAAGACCUCGGCCUUCCCAGUGGAAAGAAUGACGAGAUCGAGCAAUCAGAUUUCACCUUUGACAUUUUCUACGCGCUCACACAGAAGAUCUGUCCUCGCACAGAUAUAGAGGAACUCUUCAAGAAAAUCAAUGGGAACAAAACUGAUUAUUUAACUGUAGACCAGUUAGUCAGCUUUCUGAAUGAAAACCAGCGUGACCCUCGGUUAAAUGAGAUUCUGUUCCCAUUCUAUGAUCCUAAGAGAGCCAUGCAGAUCAUUGACAAGUAUGAAAGAGAUGAGCAGCUGAAGAAAAAAGGUCUCAUGUCCAGUGAUGGGUUCUGUCGGUACCUGAUGUCAGAUGAAAACGCUCCGGUUUUCUUGGACAGGCUGGAGCUGUACCAGGAGAUGGACCAGCCACUGGCUCACUAUUUCAUCAGCUCCUCCCACAACACUUACCUGACAGGCCGACAGUUUGGAGGGAAGUCCUCAGUAGAGAUGUACCGGCAGGUUCUGCUGUCUGGAUGCAGAUGUGUGGAGCUGGACUGCUGGGACGGUAAAGGAGAAGACCAGGAGCCCAUCAUCACUCAUGGCAAAGCCAUGUGCACAGACAUCUUGUUUAAGGAUGUUAUCCAAGCCAUCAAGGAGACAGCAUUUGUCACCUCGGACUACCCUGUUAUUUUGUCUUUUGAAAAUCACUGCAGUAAACCACAGCAGUACAAGAUGGCUAAAUAUUGUGAUGAGCUCUUUGGGGACUUUCUCCUCAAACAGCCUUUGGAGAACUAUCCGAUUGAAACUGCACGCCCGUUACCCUCUCCAAACGAUCUCAAACGUAAAAUCCUCAUCAAAAACAAACGCUUGAAACCUGAAGUGGAACAGAAGCAGCUAGAGGCCUUUAAGAAACACAUGGAAGCAGGAGAGACUAACACUCCUGCCAUCAUUAUGGGAGAGGAGAAUGAAGAAGACACAGAGAACGGAGAAAAAGAGGCUGAAGAUAAGGACUUGAAUCCAGAGGCUCCGAGUCUGUCAGAGGCCAUUAGUGUGAAAGAAGCCAACAAUGUUUCCCAGAGUAACGCUGUCAGCAAGAGGAAAGAGAGCAACAGUAUCAAGAAGGCGCCUGGCGAUGAUGAAGUGACAGAGAUUUCUGAAGCCACAGACGUCACAGACAUCUCUGAAGUGUCUGAUCAAGACAAUAACAAGAAGGUUGCAGAGGAAGCUGAAGACUCUGAAGAGGCUCUGAUAGCUCAGUACACUUACGUAGGAGCCACCACUAACAUCCACCCAUAUCUCUCAGCCAUGGUCAACUACGCACAGCCUGUCAAGUUCCAGAGUUUUGAUAUGGCCGAGGAAAGAAACAUCCACCAUAACAUGUCGUCUUUUAACGAGUCUGUUGGCCUGGGUUAUCUGAAGACUAAUGCCAUAGAGUUUGUCAACUACAACAAGCGUCAGAUGAGCCGUAUCUACCCCAAAGGAGGUCGGGUGGACUCCAGUAAUUACAUGCCUCAGAUCUUCUGGAACGCAGGCUGCCAGAUGGUCUCACUCAACUUCCAGACCCCAGACCUCGCCAUGCAGUUGAACCAGGGAAAGUUUGAGUAUAACGGCUCCUGCGGGUACCUGCUGAAGCCUGACUUCAUGCGGCGGUCAGACAGGAUGUUUGAUCCUUUCUCAGAAACACCCGUGGAUGGUGUCAUUGCUGCAACCUGCAGUGUACAGGUGUUCUCUGGUCAGUUCCUGUCAGACAAGAAGAUUGGCACGUAUGUUGAAGUGGACAUGUACGGGCUGCCGACGGACACCAUCAGAAAAGAGUUUCGCACACGUAUGGUGAUGAACAAUGGGCUUAACCCUGCCUACAACGAGGAACCCUUCGUCUUCAGAAAGGUGAUUUUACCAGAUCUUGCAGUACUGCGGAUUGCAGUCUAUGAUGACAACAACAAGCUGAUUGGCCAGCGCAUCCUGCCUCUGGAUGGCCUACAGGCUGGUUACCGCCACAUCUCUCUGAGGAAUGAGGGCAACAAACCCCUAUCGCUGCCCACCAUCUUCUGCCAAAUCAUCCUCAAGACCUACGUGCCCGACGGCUUUGGAGCAAUUGUGGAUGCUCUUUCUGACCCAAAGAAGUUCUUGACCAUAGCAGAGAAGAGAGCUGACCAGAUGAAAGCUUUGGGCAUUGACACGAAUGACAUAGCGGACGUUCCCAGCGGAAGCUCAAAGAAUGACAAGAAGGGAAAGGGUAAAGGGGACACUGUGAAGGCCAGUGUGACACCACAAGCCAGCUCAGACAUGGCCCAGUCCUCCAACGCUGCCCAGAAUAACAUAGAAAACAAGAAGGACUCUGCACUCUUGCCUCAUGUCAGCAUUGAUGAAUUAAAGCAAAUGAAGACGUACCUGAAAUUGAUUAAAAAGCAACAGAAGGAGCUUGGUGCUUUAAAGAAGAAACAUUUGAAGGAUCAAAAUACAAUGCAGAAGACUCACUGUGGUCAGAUGGAAAAGAUGGUGUCUCUGCAUGAUAAGGAUAAGACAUCCGUGGAGAAACUACUAGAAAAAGCCAUCAAGAAACGUGGUGAAAACAACUGUCAAGAGCUGAAGAAGGAGACAGAAGAUAAGAUCCAAACACUACUCACUGAUCAUAAAGCCAAGGUGAAGGACAUCACAGCGCAGCACACCAAAGAGUGGUCAGAGCUGAGCAGCAGUCACAGCAGUGAGGAGCAGGAGCUAAAGGACGUCCAUGUCACUCAGCAAUGUGAACACCUCAAGAAACUCCUAACCAGUGUUCAGGAGCAGCAGACCGUGCAGCUCAAACUCAUCCAUGAACGGCAAAGCAAAGAGAUGCGUGCCAGCCAGGCCAAGAUGUCCAUGGAAAACAGCAAAGCUAUCAGCCAGGACAAGAGCAUCAAAAACAAGGCAGAGAGAGAAAGGAGAGUGCGGGAGUUAAAUAGCAGCAACACCAAGAAGUUCCUGGAUGAAAGAAAGAGGCUGGCUAUGAAGCAACAGAAGGAGAUGGAGCAGCUACAGAAAAACCAGAGAGAACAGUUGGAGAAACUGGAGAAGUUCAAUGAGCAGCUUUUGAAAUCACAACAUGCAAACAAAGGGGUUCAAGGCCAAGGACAUGCAGCAGAUGGUGAAGCUGGAGGAGGAGAUGGACCGCAGGCCUGCCACAGUGGUGUGAGCGACUGAGACACACACACACACACACACAUGCAGGUGCAGAAACCGUGGACAGUACUCUACAACCAGAGACAAAAACCCUGCCUUCAUCACUGUCUCUGUUCUUUUCUGCCAUGUUCACACACACACAUUAGUCUUCUCCACCAUUGUUUUUCUUCAUUCAUUCAUUCAUUCAUCUGCACUCCCUGUUCUCUGCAACUGUACCCCACCCACUAACUUUAUUACACUGAGCCACUGGUGCUUACCACUGUUUGCUGGGAUUCAACCACUUAUUAAAAAAAAAAAUGUUAUUUUAGAGAUUUGGCGCCAGAGUCAGGUGCAUACCCUCCUCCACCGUCUGUAAAUCAAAAUUUUCUAUCACACACACGUGUUCACUCAUGGGUUAGAUUGAAGUGGGCCUCUGUUCCUGUUUUUUUGUACUUUUAUUUUUUAGUCAGUACACAAUUUACUGCUCCAGGUACUGCGUUAGGUGAGGGGAGGAGAAUAUGAAGAUUUGUCAUAUUACAGCACAAAUGAAUAAACUUUGUGAAAUACACUGUAUGCUACACACCAGUCCUGUCCUGAGCACUUUGUAUGUAACAGGCCGUCAUAACAAUGUGGAAAAUGUAGCAGUACUAGAAUUCUGCAUUUCAGUAAGAAUGUAUUUUUUAAAAGAAAUCACUGUAUGAAGGCGACACAAACUUCUGUCACUUAACCCUACAAUGCAAGUUCAAGUGUUUGACUUUUUGUUGUUGACCAGUGUUACAGUAGACUUGUUAGACCCCCAUGUACUGCACAGUGCAAGGACUCUAAUCAAAUUGCAAUAUUUAUUGUUGUGUGCAGUCAGAAGUCUGUAAAGAGAUCACAAGGAUUAAUGGUGUUAUGUCAGUUUCUACCUUGUACAUGAGGAUGUACCUGUGGUUUUACGAAAUAGGUGUCUCAUGUGACCUUAAAGUGGUGUAUAACAGUAAUUACUUUGCUCAAUUUAUGUUUUCAACUGCAAAAAUCUUAAUCUAAUAUUUUAUACAUCUAAUUCGGACUUGGAAACCCUGUGUACUAUGCAAAUAAACAAAUGUAACAACUAUUUUCCAAUAUUAGUUGAUAAAUGUAUAGGUUAAAGUAUUACAGUAAUACUAACCAACCCCUGUGGAUUUGUAGGCCUUCAAUGAAAUGAUACAAAGGCAAAUGUCUUCAGUAGUGAUUGAUUAAUAAGAACAUCCAAAUGAAAGCAUGAUGCUUUAAUGAACUUAACAUCUACCAGUAGGCUCAGGAAGAAUAAGAUGCUUACUUGCAUUAAUCAAAUCAAGCAAAAGCUGUAAUACACUGACAACAGACUGAAUCCAUACUAAUUCAGCUGUAAUAGCUCCUCAUUUUAACUGACUGGCAUUUCACCAUCAAACAAAAACUUGGAGCAAUCCUGUCAGUCUCCCACUCACUCAUAAUGAAGAGCUUCCUGACUCUCACCUUAGAAACCUAAAUCCUCAUUGUGUCCCUGCUCACCUUUGGUCAGGCGACAUCACACAAUAAUUACAACAGAUCUAUAACAAAGCCUGUUACAUGGCUGCUACACAAUCCACACAGGGGAUUUCAGAUGAGGCCUAUUUCCCCCUCAUGUCCCACAAUGGCUCCUUUAGAAAAAAGAAAGAAAAAAAACUAGCAGCAUUUUGUUAAAGCUACAGAAGCUGUUAUCAGCCAAAGCACUGCUGGACACAAAAGCUGCUGCUGCAGGGAGAGAGAUAUGAUGUGGAAAUAAAUAAACUAAUCCUGUGGGUACUGUUGUAUUGUGCACAUAAAAUCAAGCCAGGUAAUUAUACUGCAACACAAAGACCAACCAAAUGACAAAAAACACAUUAUUCUAUUGAUAUGACACACUGAAAUGUGGGGAUAUAAAAGCACCUUGAGGUAUUUUGGCAUUUGUUAAGAUUAUUAUUUUCCUGCUGUUUUAUUCUGCUGUAACCCACUUAAAGGGUAGAGGGGAUAUUCUUGUAUAUACUGGAAUGUAUGUAGUUUCAUUUACUUUUUGACCAGUUGUGUUCUGUCAUUCAAGGGCUUGGGGAUAGAAUGGAGAUUGUUGGAGAUUUUGGGGGAAAAACAUUUUUCAACCACUGGGUUUUCUUGUUUGUUUUUCCCAGUCUGCCCUUAUUGCACCACACAACACAGUAUAAAACUCUCACCACAUAUCUAGAUAAAUGAGUUAAAAAAAAAAGAAGUGCUUUUAAACUUUAUUCCAUCGCUUUCAUAUGUGCCACUCUGUGUCUGGUAGGAAGUUUAAAUUAUUUUAUGAAUGAUAAAAUGCCAAAUUAAGGGGUUAUUUAUAUGAAGAUAUAUAAAUGAAUAUAUAUUAUAUAUUAGAUAUGUGUAGUUUAAGAUUAUGUUUUUAGAGGCUUUUUUGCACUAGUUCAAUGUUUUAUGUUGUGUGAUUACAUGUAACCUUUAGCUCUCUAGUUUGUCUAAAAAGCAGAUUAUUUUUGCACAGCAAUGUCACUGAUUUUAAGUUCCUCGGGUUCUCCUGUAUCUCCUCUGUUUUCUAUAUGAACUGUAGCUUGUCAACAAACCAUUCUGUGCGCGUUUUUGUAUUUAUAUUGUAUUGUUGAACUUUGUUGAACUUAUAGCAAUGAAAAUACUGUUGUUAUCCAGCUCCUUUAAUACUGUUUUAUAGUAUGUGUACCAAUAAAACCAGGUGUAAAAUGGGA